AUGUCUCCGGAUUCAGGUUAUGUGAUGGUCGGAAAAAGAUCGUGGAUCUUCAGCGAAGGUGGGUUUAAUAAAAGGAAGACGAAAUUGGCAAUGUCGAAAGGUGGAGCGUUGUGUAUUGUUCCUCGAAAUAUAUAUAAAUUGGUGAAACCUAUCCCAACAUUAUUUGGUAUGAAGACAACAAACGGAAGCUGGAAAGGAAUGAUUGGACAAAUUGUAAAUAAGAAAGCAGAUAUUACCUUCAAUUCCCUUGUGAUGACGGAAGAACGAUUGAAAGUGAUUGAUUAUUCUUCAAAUGUCGCGUUCGUAAGAUAUCCAUUUAUGAUAAAAGUACCAAAGAAAAUGUUUAAUUGGACAUCUCUGAUUCGACAAUUUUCUCUGGAAGUAUGGAUAUUAAUAUUUACUUCUACAUUAAUAUGUGGAUUAGUGAUUUACAAAGUGUUGAAAGAAGAAGCACGUCAGGAUGAGAACACUUCAGUUUGGACUGUCUCGAGAGCUUAUUGGUUUCUUUUUGGAACCUUUCUCAAUCAUGGAGCACGCCUAAAUUUCGUAGUUAGAUUUCCUUCGAGAAUAAUUAUUGCAGUAUGGUUGAUAGCAACGGUGGUGCUAGUAUGGAGUUAUACUGGCAUUUUACUGUCUUUCAUGACAACUCCGAAACUAGAAUUUGUCCCACGUACUGUCGAAGAACUAGCAACUACUGUUCAAAGAGGAGAUUUUUCAUGUGGCACUGUGACUGGCAAUGCAAUCACAUCGUAUCUGAUGCAUUCGACAGAAUUACAUAUUAAAAUAAUAAAUAAUCAUAUUCAAGAGAGAAAGAAUUUGUUUUCGGAAGAAGAUGAAUUUCAAAAAGUAUUAGAAGGACGAUUUGCUUUCAUUACUGAAGAAUUUGCCAUGAAACAGGAAUUGAAGCAAUAUGAUGAUAAAGAAGUUCUCAUUUCUAGUGAUUCUGUUCAAACUUUUACAAUGGGAUAUGGUUUGACGAAGGGAUCAAUUUAUGAGCCAAUUAUUGAUAAAAUAAAUAGAUUUUAUUUUUCUCCUAUACUUAACAGUUCAUUAGAAGUUCAAGAAAUGAAGAGAUUCUUGUUGUACGUUUUCAUUUCUCUCUUUUAUAUCACAAAUGUCGAUCUACACCGAUAUUACCCCUAUUGUGAAAAAGAUCAAACUUAUUGUGAAAAUAAUCAAAAGUGCAUUCCAAUUGCAUGGGUAUGCGACGGUGAGGGAGACUGUACAGAUAAGUCUGACGAACGCGAUUGCCAAAUAGAAGGUUAUCGAAUCGAAGAUAUACCUGGAGUAAUAGAAAGUACAGGAAAAGGGCUUUCUUGGUUGCUUAGGCAACGAAGAUCGGAUUGGGGUUGGGGAAAGGACACCAGUCGAGCAAUUGUCACACUUCGUCUCUCCGAUAGUCUGAAUUUCGAACUACAUGAAAGUCAAUUAAUGUUAAAGCAAUUAAAACUUCAACUUUCUGGAGCUUUACUCACAAAGGGCGUAGAAAAUAUCGAAGCAUACGAAAUAGCAUCGUACGUACAUUCGUUACUGGCAAUUUGUUCUGAUCCGAGAAACUUUCAAGGGUACGAUUUAGUAGAAUUACUGAAAGAGAAAAUGGAAAAGACAAAAUCAAUUAAUGCUAUGGUUGCAUUGGCAAUUUGCAAUUUAAAUCAAACUCUUUCGUCACGUCAAGUAAGAAAAUUAGAAGAAAUUACAUUAACGAAAAAGAAUUCACCAUACUUGACAGAUACUCAAACGUAUGCUAUUAUGGCUUUGUGGUGUAUGGAAAACCGAAUUAAAUCAUAUCAAAUAAACUCUUCCACGGAUGAAACUUUUAAGUAUAAUAGAAAAAUUCCAUCCUUUAGCGCAAUAACAGAGCAAUUAACUACGUUACAGAAUGAAGACGGUAGCUUCGGAAAUUUGCACACAACUGCCAUUUUAAUGCACGCGCUAUUUUCCGUGGAUUUAAACUUCAGCAUCGCGGAAGAACAAAUUGUAACGAAAGCCAUUAAUUAUAUCAUUUCGCAACAAAACCAAGACGGAUCCUUCGGGGAUAGUUUGGCAACUUACUUAAUACUUCCAAUACUGAAUAGAAAAACAUUUGUCGAUUUGGGAAAAUUAAAAUGCUCCAUGGUCGAACCACGCAAAGUUACAAUGCAGGAAGAAAUCGAUUCUAAAAAACUCCCGAAGCACCGUGUUAGCUACUUUAUUUUCUUUGGACAAGACAAAGAUAUCAUUUUUAAUAUUUUAUUAAACGUUCCCGUUAAUUCGACGUUUUACGAUGUCAUGCGAUUAGCUUCAGAAUUAGAUAAUAAAUUUCGAUUUAAAUAUAUUGAUUAUACUUGGGGAAAAUAUAUAUAUAUGAUAUUCGGCCUAGUCAAUGAUCCCGAAAAAAGAAUUUACUGGCAACUUUAUAAAAAAGUCGACAAUUCGACAAUCUAUUUUGAACAAUCACCCGAUAAAGUGAUUCCUGAAGAGAACGAUGUAUACGUUUACUGGUAUAAGCCAUUGAACGACUGAAAAUUUUUUACUGUAAGUUUUCUCGUUUUAUAAAUACUAAACCCAAUAGCAAUAAAAUUGUGAUUUUACCGUGAAAAAUGGUAUAUUAUU